UGCACAUAAGUACUACUAAAUACUAUCAUUAACUCUCAUGUGUGUGGGUGUGUGUGUGUGUGUGUGUGUGUGUGUAGGAAUGUGGGAAUAAACACUAUAAAAUUUGCUUCUAUACGUUUUAUCACAAAUGCCCUUUGAGGUUCGCCACAGUACACGUCAUGUCACCUCACGUCACGACUGUUGAAGAGAGAAAUGACACAUGGGUUGGGCCAGGGGGCUGAAUGGAAAGAGACAAAUGCAGGUUCAGUUCCUCUAAAGGAUUAUGAAACAGCACAUGAAGAUAACAUCAAGGCCAUCACCGCCAUGAAGCUCAUUCUAGCAGUCUAUAUUCCUACUCCCACCAUCACCAUACAGCCUCCUCAGCAGCUCCACAGUGCAGACCGAGUCACUCUGAGUUGUGACAUCACACAGGGCGGAGGCUGGGAAUAUCACUGGGAGAGGAACAAUAAACACAUUCAUAAUCUGAUCAACAGAACCAUCACCUUCUCACUCCCUGAAGAGAGUGGUCACUACAACUGUUUUGGUAUAAGAAGGGGAUUACGAAGUUACAGCAGCCCUGACAUGACUGUAUCUAUGAAUGCUACAAUAGCUGUACAGCCACAGAGCCCUGUGUUCACUGGAGAGAACGUCACUCUGACAUGUGUGAUAGAGUAUCGUAGUGACUGGACAUAUAAGUGGUAUAAAGGGUCAAGUGCUCUUGAGUCUGAGGGAAACAUCUACACCAUCACUGCAGCUGCCCGCUCUGAUGGGGGCCAGUACUGGUGUCAGGGGGAGAGAACAGACAGAUCAACAACAUCAGAAAGGAGUAAUGAAGUUAAUAUUCAAGUGAUGGUCCUGUAUGCAACGUUAACUAUAGAGCCCCAGAGUCCUGUGUUCACUGGAGAGAAAGUCACUCUGAAAUGUAAGAUAGACUCUUUCAGUGGCUGGACAUAUAAGUGGUAUAAGGGGUCCAGCAGAACCCCAGUGUCUGAGGGAAACAGCUUCACCAUCAGAGGAGCUGCUGAGUCUCAUGAGGGCCAGUACUGGUGUCAGGGGGAGAGGACACACAGACCCAGAGCAACACAACCCAGUACAAAAGCUAACCUCAGUGUACAAACUCUACCUGAAGCUAAGCUAACAGCAGAGCCACAGAGUCCCUUGUCCACUGGGGGGAUGGUCACUCUGAAGUGUGUGAUAGAGUCUCACAGCAACUGGACAUAUAAGUGGUACAAGGACAAGAAGAACAAUCUUGUGAUUGAGGGGAACAACUUCACCAUCACCAGAGCUACUGACUCUGAUGAGGGUACAUACUGGUGCCAGGGGGUGAGAAGAGAGAGACCCACAUCAUCACAGCUCAGUAACUCACUUCCUGUUGGUAAGAGGGAUUCUGGGUCCAGUCUGUUAAUAAUGGGUGUGGCUGUGGCUGGGGGUGUGGCCGGUGGAGUGGUCCUCACUAUCAUCAUUUUAAAAGUUGUACCACGUUGCUGCAGAAGACAGACAGGUGCUGUGUCCAACACGUCUAGUGCAGGGCCUGGUCUUGCAGGCAGAAACACCACUGAUGAGUAUGAUGGAGAAGGGCGUCAUAUCUAUGAAACCACUGAAUUCACAGAACCGAGCAGACCAGUGAUGGAUACAGUGUACGACAAACUGUCAUUAAGCAAAAUGGCAGGCAUGCUAGAGGAUCCAUCAGAUGCAGGUCUCUGUACUUUGGGAGGAAAUGCUUCUCCACUGUCUAGCCCCUAUUCAUUAGCAGAGUGAAGCAACUUCAGCGUUUCUGAGGAGAACAAGCUGGGAAUAGGACAGAACUGUACACACGUGGGCAACACACACUGUGGUCAGAUCACUUUGAUGACAGUAGAUACGUAAACAACCUUGAUGAUACUUGAUAUGUGAGCAGUAUUCACUGUGUGCUCCACAAUAAACUUCUUGUGAAGUUCUG